AGUGACGGCAUCGUGACUGUGGUUGUGGUUUAGCUAGCGUGUCUACUCACAAUAUGUUCGAAUCUCGAUUCGGCUUUGUCUGUGGACUCUGUGUCUGUGGACUCUCAAUCAAAAGCCAAUGUGGUGUUACAUAUUGUAGAGCACAGCGACACUGCUGCUUUUGUGAGGUGGCAUGAGGCAACCGCUCAACAGGUUCCCAAAUAUUUAGCUCAACAGUGGGACAAAGCAACAGAGAAUGGAGAGGAAGGAAGGCAAAACUCAGGUUUGUUUCAGCCUGAAUGACGAGCUGACAGCUAUGGGCGCUGUUGGGGAAAAUGAUUCACUUUUUCAGGCCCCCAGAGAGCAUCCCUUCACCAUGAACUCACUGGGUGGACAGACCAUGGCUGUCUUUAGUCAGGGAGACAAAGAAGAAAUCUGUCUGGAGGGGAUGGUGGUGCACAGAGCUGAAUGCAGACCCGUUGUCACUGACAACUACAUGAAGCUAAAGAAGGUGCAGAUGAAGGAAUCCUUGAAGCCUCACCGUUUGUCACAGCAGCUGGAGAGAGCCAUCACUACUGUCUUCAAGCCAGUGGCCAACCACAACUUCAAUGUGGAAUAUGAGAAGAAGAAGAAGUCAGAGGGGAAGAUGGUGAGAGCUGAGCGACAGGUGGUGUUGGACAUGCUCUUCACUGCCUUUGAGAAGCACCAGUACUACAACAUAAAGGACCUGGUGGACAUUACCAAGCAACCUGUGACCUACCUGAAAGAGAUCAUGAGGGAAAUUGGUACGUACAACAGCAAAGGUGUUCACAAAAGCACGUGGGAGCUGAAAGCAGAGUACAGGCACUACCAGUCACCUGAGGAGGAGGAAGAGGAGAUGCAGACAGCCUAACUCCACCAAGUUCCUCUUUUCCUGCCGGCAUUACGCACUUGUUACUUCACUUAUGCCAAUAGUCUAAGAUAUUAUUAACUAUCAUAAUUUUUUUUCUUUUCAUUAAAGACAAUGAAAGCGUUUCCCUCCAUAUUGGGGAGUCCAGUAAAGUUCAUUUUCAAUCUUCCCUUGUUGUUCUUUCCCUGUUGCUAUGGCAACUGCGGACCCCCAUUAGCCAUGUUUACAGUACACCAUGUGAGGUGGAAACAUGCUGCUUUGGAUUUUAAUAUUUAAGGACUUGACUGUCUGACCACACCCAAAUCUGAUGCGUGUACCAGGAUUUGUAUUAGUUAAAACGACUGCUUGAUUAGACUCGUCACAGGCAGUAAUUACCUGAGAUGAAGCAAGUGUGCUCGUAUCACAUUUGAACAAACAGUGCAAUUGCUGUGCUGUUUUACAUUUAUGGCCUUGUGUCUGCCCAUCAACUUUCUACAGCAUUUAUCCUGAGGUUCUCAGGUGAGCUGGAACCUAUACCCGCCGACUUUGGGUCGACGGUGGGGGGGUACCCCCUAGAUAUAGACAACCCUUCACACUCACGCCUGUGGAUAAUUCUGUCUUCAAUUAGCCUAACAUACAUGGUUUUGGAAUGUGGGUGGAAGCAGGUACCUUGGGAAAACACAUGAAGGCCAGAUCAAAGAUUCCCCAAACCGGAUGUUCUAACCCCUUGUGCACCAUGCUUGUAUAUAGUUUACGUGAUGUAUAUACUGUAACAGACAUGUCGGAAUGAAUUUGUCUACAGUGUUAAAAGUUACAUUUACUGUUUUACAUUCCACAAACCUACAGUAAGCAUGACUUCACUAUUCCAUUAAGACUAUACAGCAUGUUCCAGUGAAUGUACAAAUUUGUGUUUUGGCCAUAGGAAUGUAACUCAAUGGUAGACUGAGGACCUAUUUUCUCGAGUAAUUAGAGGCAGACGUGACACUUGCUCAGUCUAAACGGGUAUGCUUUCCUUUGUUUCAUCUCGAACUAAUUUGUACACAUGUGAUCCUAUAAUGUGAAGUCACUUCAAAAUGAACCACAAGUAUAAAAAUUGCACUUUUUUUUAGUGUGUACAUCUGCACAUAUACAGUACUUUGAGAGCAACCCUAUCCCAAGUCCUUGGAAAGCUUUAACACAAAAUUUUAUUUUCUUGCUACUUACCAACGAUGAAUCAAGCUAUGAUUUCAAUUACUGUUGACCUCAUGUGAACACUAUGCAUCCCAUAAAAAAAGUAAACGAGCUGGAGAUGGUACUCAGCUUUAUUUUCAACUUAAAGCAAACGGCAGAUGGAAUUUUGAAUGCAACCACAAACCCAGAACAUGAAGGAAAGCAGUUGUCUUUGCUAAAAAAAAAAAAAAAUCCAGAAAGUCCAAA